AUGACUCCUUCUCCUUUCUUUCACAAAGGAGCAGGCUCGCUAAAUCGCAGUUUUUUGGAACUGGGACGAUUGGGGAAAAAGACGAUUGGGGAAAAGGACGAUUGGGGAAAAAGACGAUUGGGGAAAAGUACGAUUGGGGAAACCGAAAAGUAUUAUUUUUCUUCGAUGCAAAUGUCGAAAUUAGGAUAAUCGAGGGUGCUCAUUUCGAAAAUGACAUUCUUACGUCCACUACGCUUUAGGCGUUCGUGGUGUUGUUCUGGUGCUUAGUACGCCUAUUUUUACUUCGUACUACAUAGUAUCAGACAGUACUAUAUAGCACCAAGUCUUUAAAACGUGUUUUUGAAGAGUACUAAGCAUCAAAACAACACCAUUAACGUCAAAAGCCAUAUUUUCACUUUGUACUAUAUAGUAUCAGAAUGGGCUGCCUGGAGACAACGGCUACCCUGGAGCACCAGGCUUGCCUGGAGAGUUUGGAGAACGAGGAUUGCCCGGACUUCCGGGAGAACAUGGUCUACGGGGAAUCGAUGGAAAACGAGGACACGAUGGACUUCCUGGCCUGCCUGGAUUACCUGGAGCUCCUGGAUUCCCAGGAGAAAAGGGCAACAAAGGAGCCUACGGCCCACCUGGAUUCAACGGUCAAGAUGGACAACCUGGCUUCCCAGGACAACGAGGCGACAAUGGGCCACCUGGAGUACCUGGUUUCCCUGGCGACAGCGGUCUUCUUGGCCUUCCUGGAUCUCCCGGAUAUCCUGGUGAAAGUGGCGACGCGGGUCUUCCUGGCCCAUCUGGCCUUCCUGGUCGACCAGGACCUCAAGGAAAACCAGGUCUUCCUGGCCUCCCUGGCCCAUACGAUCAACGAACUCACUCACCAAUUGGAGCCCCUGGAGAUUACGGUCUGCCCGGUAUUCCUGGCCUUCCCGGUGAUGUCGGAGACCGUGGACUUCCUGGACCACCAGGAAAAGCCGGCUUCCCUGGACUGGCUGGAGAACAUGGAACCCCUGGAUUGCCCGGCUUCCCAGGAGAACCUGGAGUUACUGGAACUCCGGGAGUUCAAGGCGUUCCCGGCCGUGAUGGCCGUCCCGGCUUCCCUGGACCACCUGGAUACCCUGGCGGCCCUGGUGGAUGGGCUCCAUCUCGAGGAUUCACAAUUACCAAGCAUUCGCAGACCACCGAGGUUCCACCAUGCCCUCCGGGAUCGAGCAAACUCUGGGAGGGAUACUCGUUGCUCUAUGUUCAAGGAAAUGGACGGGCCGCCGGUCAGGAUCUGGGAUCACCCGGAUCUUGCAUCCCCAAGUUUUCCACGAUGCCAUUCAUGUUCUGCAACAUGAAGGAGACUUGCCACUUCAGCAGCCGAAGCGACUACAGUUUCUGGCUUUCCACUGGCGAACCUAUGACAGCGAUGAUGAAUCCAGUAAGUAAUAUCAGCGUUUAUGUCUCUGCUUUUUUUGAACGGAGGAAGUAAGAAAACAUUUCUUUCAGAUUACCGGAACGUCAAUUCGCCCACAUAUUUCUCGCUGUUCUGUUUGUGAAAUUCCAACUCAAACUAUUGCUGUUCAUUCUCAAGACUCGUACGUUCCAGAAUGUCCAGGCGGAUGGUCGCCGUACUACAGCGGCUACAGUUUUGCUAUGGUAAGUAUAAGGCUGAAAAAAGAGGAGGAACUUUGGCAACAGCCGUUCACAUCUAGAAAUAAAAAAACAAUGCAAAAAAAUCUUCAUUUCCUGACAAAAAAAACAAAAAUAUUUUCUUUUUCGUCGAAUCUUCCAGAACAAGACGGAAUGCCAGACGAGAAUUUUCGUGCCGGGACGCCGUAAAACCCCAUUUUUUGAUUAGAAACAAGGAAAAAGCAUCAUACUUGCAAAAAAACCUUGGUUUCUUUGUUUUCAAUCAUUCAUUCGUAUAAUAAAUAUAUUCCAGCACACUGGAGCGGGCGCUGACGGUACCGGCCAGAACUUUGAGUCACCCGGCUCUUGUCUGGAGGAGUUCCGUGCCGUGCCUUUCAUCGAGUGUCACGGUAAAGGAACCUGCAACUACUACGCCACGAAUCAUGGCUUCUGGCUAGCCAUUGUUGAGCAGAACAAACAGUUCCGCAAGCCGAUGCCGCAGACCUUGAAGGCCGGUGGUUUGAAGGACCGUGUCAGUCGUUGUCGUGUCUGCAUCAAGAAUCGACAGUAA